UGCACAGUUUAUUCCACGAUGAGAGUAACUUGUAUAUUCCACACGGCAACUGCCAGGUGUUCACCCGCAGCGCCAGGGGGGUGAAGGAGAGACCAGAGCGUGGACCACCUUCGUUCUCUGCAGAGAUCGCUAUGUGAAUGUUAACCUUCUGCUGCUGCUGCUGGAUGACAAUAAAUUUAUUUCAGAGAUUUACCGAUAGAAUUCUGAAGAUUUCUCUGGUCGGGUCAACAUGGGGACCACAUUUCUGCCUUGCCCUGAAUGUGUCUGGCCACCUGGGAAGGGUCCUCUCCUCCUCUGUGUGGUCUGGCCACCUGUGAAGGGUCCUCUCCUCUGUGUGGUCUGGCCACCUGGGAAGGGUCCUCUCUUCCUCUGUGUGGUCUGGCCACCUGGGAAGGGUCCUCUCCUCCUCUGUGUGGUCUGGCCACCUGGGAAGGGUCCUCUCCUCCUCUGUGUGGUCUGGCCACCUGGGAAGGGUCCUCUCCUCCGUGUGGUCUGGCCACCUGGGAAGGGUCCUCUCCUCCGUGUGGUCUGGCCACCUGGGAAGGGUCCUCUCCGUGUGGUCUGGCCACCUGGGAAGGGUCCUCUCCGUGUGGUCUGGCCACCUGGGAAGGGUCCUCUCCGUGUGGUCUGGCCACCUGGGAAGGGUCCUCUCCGUGUGGUCUGGCCACCUGGGAAGGGUCCUCUCCGUGUGGUCUGGCCACCUGGGAAGGGUCCUCUCCGUGUGGUCUGGCCACCUGGGAAGGGUCCUCUCCGUGUGGUCUGGCCACCUGGGAAGGGUCCUCUCCGUGUGGUCUGGCCACCUGGGAAGGGUCCUCUCCUCCUCGGUGUGGUCUGGCCACCUGGGGAGGGUCCACUCCUCCUCUGUGUGGUCUGGCCACCUGGAGAGGGUCCUCUCCUCCUCUGUGUGGUCUGGCCACCUGGAGAGGGUCCUCUCCUCCUCUGUGUGGUCUGGCCACCUGGAGAGGGUCCUCUCCUCCUCUGUGUGGUCUGGCCACCUGGAGAGGGUCCUCUCCUCCUCUGUGUGGUCUGGCCACCUGGAAAGGGUCCUCUCCUCCUCUGUGUGGUCUGGCCACCUGGGGAGGGUCCUCUCCUCCUCUGUGUGGUCUGGCCACCUGGGGAGGGUCCUCUCCUCUGUGUGGUCUGGCCACCUGGAAAGGGUCCUCUCCUCCUCUGUGUGGUCUGGCCACCUGGGGAGGGUCCUCUCCUCUGUGUGGUCUGGCCACCUGGGAAGGGUCCUCUCCUCCUCUGUGUGGUCUGGCCACCUAGGAAUGGUCCUCUCCUCCUCUGUGUGGUCUGGCCACCUGGGAAGGGUCCUCUCCUCCUCUGUGUGGUCUGGCCACCUGGGAAGGGUCCUCUCCUCCUCUGUGUGGUCUGGCCACCUGGGAAGGGUCCUCUCCUCCUCUGUGUGGUCUGGCCACCUGGGAAGGGUCCUCUCCUCCUCUGUGUGGUCUGGCCACCUGGGGAGGGUCCUCUCCUCCUCUGUGUGGUCUGGCCACCUGGGGAGGGUCCUCCAUCGUCCUGCUGGGGUUCCAGUUCUAUUCUUUUGGUACCAUGAAGGGUUACAUUAAUGUGGAAUCUGUGACCUGGAAGUGAGGACAUCUGGAGUUCUGGGUGUACGGUGACCACACACUUCUGGGUCAGUCACUCCACUAUUGAAGCCAGGGGAUCAGCCUAGGAGUUUCAGCACAGGUUUGCUUUCCAGUCACUAGAUGACCCCUUUCACACUGAGGCAGUUUUCAGGCUUUAGAAAUGGCGCCUGAAAACUGCCUCCCAUUCAUUGCAAUGAGUGCUUUCACACGGCAGGGCGGUGCGCUUGCCGGACGUUAGAAAAAGUCCUGCAAGCAGCAUCUUUGGGGCGGUUUGGGAGCGCUGUAUACACCGCUCCCUAAAGGCCC